ACGGAAGCCACCAUUAUCAAGUCUCUCCGAACGCACGCUAACGACAGAUUUGAUGUGCGGAUGAUCCUCGCUGGUGUAGCCUCCAGAUCUGCACGACAUGGUCGUCUUGAUACUGGUGGCUACGAGGUUCGAAGGAAAGACUGGCAAGAAGUCGUGCAACACAUGAAAGAUGGAACAUUCACGCGGACUCACUGGCAAAAGAGAACAAUAUAUAUCGAAAAUAUCCCGCUCUCCUCCCGGACGAUGGGCGGAAUAACACGUCUUGUGGCGUCUCUGCUGUCGUCCGACUCCGGACCCUCGAACAUUAACGCCAAGUAUGAGGAGGUCCAACACAUACACUUCCCUCCGCAUUAUCAAGACGACUCGAAAAGAGUCGGCGCCACUUCUCAAAAAUGCAAGGGCUUUGCUCUUAUUACUCUGUCUACGGUCGAAUCCGUGGACAAACUUGUUUGUGAGUGGCCCUGGGAAGGCGCGAGUGAACGUACUGCAUCGCGGACAGAUUCUUCGGAUCCUGUUGUCAAGGACGCUUCAGAUUCCAUGCUUCGAGUGCUUACGAAGGCCAGCUGGGAUGCUCUGCAGGAUGAGUAUGUGUCGUAUCGCGACAAGCUACUCGCAGAGAUCGCGUCCAAGGCAGAAACCGCUCCUACUGUCCCAGGGCCGUCAUCGUCUCGUAUUACACAUCCCAAAGCUACAACAUCGAAUCAACAAGCCUCUAAUCACGAACACCAGCCUGCUAGACGCGAAACUUCCAAGCCAACGGGCCCUCCGCCACCACCACACGAACUCGAACGCAGCGCCACAAUCUCCCCCUCUUCGCCUUUCCCUCCCCGUUGCCUUGUUUUCGUGCGCAAUAUCCAUCCCGAAACCAACAAGACUACGCUCAAAACGCUUUUUGGUACAGCAUUCGCAACUAACGGAACAGAAGGAAAGCAAGCCGCAACCGAAGGAAUCGACUACGUCGAUUUCACCAAGGGUCUUGAUACAUGCCACCUUCGCCUUGCCACACCUUCACAUGCGAAAACUCUCGUCGCGCACUUCACCUCCUCUUCAGGGUCCGGGCUUUACAUACAACACGACCCCCUAGAGUCGAAGCUCUCUGAUGUGGCUUCUUCUGAAGAUGCUAAGCCAACAAGACGUCCGCUGAUAAUGGAACUCGUGACGGGUCGCCCAGAGGCGUUGUAUUGGGAAAGAGUACCGGAGAAGGUACGGAGGGGGGCUGUGAUGAGAGCGAUCGCACUUUCGAGUGACGAUGACACAGAGGCGAGGGGCGGUAUGGAUGGUAAUAUGGUGGGUAGAGACAUGUCGAAGGAUGAGGGAAGGGGGAGGAAAAGAAGAAGAAACAAGUGA